AUGCAUGUGAUGAUGUUACUGCGUUUCUUGAAUUUAUUAAAGGCUUUUCUUCACGUUAAGGUUUCCCAAAAACAAUUACAUGACAAAAUUAGGCGGUUAAAGCAAAAAUAUAAGAACAAUAAAGAAAAGAUUGAAGAUGGACAGACAUUAGAUUUCUCGAGAUCUGAUGAAGAGAAACUGUUUAUGCUUUCGUUGAAAAUAUGGGGCAGCGAGAAUAAGGAAAAGAAACAAGGAGAAGAAGAGGAUUUUUGGUCUAUGUAUCCACGCUUGAAUGAGUCGCUGAAGUUGGAUCAAUUUUCUGAAUAUACAUUGCCUGGUUAUGGAGCUAAUUACAUAAAGCAAAAACUGCCUGGUUAUGGAGCUAAUUACAUAAAGCAAAAACUGAGUUGUAUUGGAAAUUCGAAGGCAGAGGAAUUAGAGGAGAAGUGGAGGAAGUUGCAGGUUGCUGAAACUCAAUUCAAGCUCAUGAAAGCAAGGUUGAUAGAGGAGCAGACUGAACUCAUAUUGAAAAGCAUCAGUUAGUUAUUAUAUUAGUACUUCUAGCUUAGUUAUAGUAAAA